AUGAAGAACCUGGAAGGAAACCACACAAGAGUCAAUGAAUUUCUCUUGGCUGCCCUCUCCCCAACAUGGCAGUCCCAAGCUGUCCUCUUUGUGGUCUUCCUCCUGGUCUACGCAGCCACCUUAGUAGGAAACACCCUCAUCAUGAUGACGGUGGCCUCUGACCCUCGACUGCAAACGCCCAUGUAUUUCCUGUUGGGGAACCUCUCCUUCCUGGACCUCUGCUACUCUACCGUCACGGCCCCAAAAAUGUUGAUGGACUUCUUGGCUGAAAAGAGGAGCAUCUCCUUUGAGGCCUGCAUGGCCCAGCUCUUUUUCCUCCAUUUUGUGGGUGCUGCAGAGAUGUUCCUCCUCACAGUCAUGGCCUAUGACAGGUAUGUAGCCAUUUGCAAGCCUCUGCACUACCCCAGUAUCAUGAACAGACAGCUCUGUAGCUGGCUGGUAGGAGCUUCCUGGACCGGAGGCUUCAUCCACUCCACAGUCCAAACUAUCCUCACCAUGAGGCUGCCAUUCUGUGGGCCCAACCAGGUGGACAACUUCUUCUGUGAUGUCCCACCAGUCAUCAAGCUGGCCUGCACGGACACCUAUGUCAUCGAGCUCCUCAUGGUCUCCAACAGCGGCCUCAUCUCAACCAGCUGCUUUGUCAUCUUGGUGACCUCCUAUGCCACCAUCCUGGUGAGGAUCCGCUCCCCCGAGGGUCGGCGCAAAGCCCUCAAUAUCUGUGCCUCUCACUUAACUGUGGUGACAUUGUUCUUUGGCCCCUGCAUCUUUAUCUACGCCCGGCCUUUCUCCACUUUCUCAGUAGACAAGCUGGUCUCUGUCCUGUACAACAUCAUCACCCCCAUGCUGAAUCCUUUGAUCUAUACUCUGAGAAACAAAGAUGUGAAAUCAGCCAUGAGGAAGCUGAGAAGCAAGGAAGCAAUUUCAGAUGGGAAGGUAGCCAUGUGA